AUGUCCGCCCCGCCGCACGUCAAACUCACCGCUGCCCAAAUCGCGAAGCAGGCUGAACGCAAGGCCGCCAAGCUCGCGAAACGCGCCGCGGCCGCUGCGAAUGGCAAUAACGGCAUGAGCGAGCAGGAGCUCGCGCGGAGACGGAUUCUCAAGCGCGAGUGGGUCGAGACGGCGAGCUCAGAGAAAAACCGUAGGGCAAAGAUCACGACGUGGAAUCUAGACAACGGAGAAAGUCAAGCUGACAGGCAGAUGCUGGCGCAGACACUUGUCCGCCGCGACCUGUUCCCCGGCUCGGACUGCCUGCGUUUCAGCGACCGCAAACCGAUGCUGCAGUCCGAGAUGGAGGCAAUGAAGGACACUGAUGUCGUCUGUCUGCAACUGACUCCAGGAAUGCGACCGGCUCGACGACGUCCUCUCCUCUGUGCCGGAGCACACGCCGCUGCAAGCGAAAGGCCGAGGGAAGAAACACGGCCUCGUGAUUCUCUACCGUACCUCGCGGUUCGCGGUGGACGAGCAGCGCGUCCUGUCGCUCGACGACGAGCGGCUCUCCGAGUCCCCCAACGCAGUGACGGCGCGCGGCGUGUCAAGGCAGACGAAGAACAUUGCUCUCCUCGCCGCGCUGCGCGACAAGCAGAACGACGACGGGAUCAUCGUCAUUACGACGCAUCUCUAACCCACAGCUUCUGGCACCCCAAGUUCGAGUACGAGCGCGCGCGCCAGCUCAUCGUCCUCCUGCGCGCUGCGCGGGCUCUGCAGUCCUCCCGGCCGACCUGGCCCAUCCUCCUGACAGGCGAUCUGAACACGCAGCCCCGCGAGAUGCCGUACCAGCUGCUAGCCAGCCGGGGCCCUUACGACCCGAAGAUCGUGCAGGGUUUCGAGGAUUCGCGACUCGUGCACACGAGUGUCGAGAAGGUCGGCCUGCCCCCUCCUCCUCCUUCAGCAGGGGACGACGCUUCGACCUCGGGAACUGGCGCGAACACGCCUGCCCCUUCGACUCCGGCCCCGACCGAGCCAAAAGCCGAGAAGGGCGACGAUGGCGAGGGCGAAGGAGAAGGCGAGGGCGAGCUCCCCGACUCGAACGAGAAGAGCAUCGCGAACACGCGCGCUCCAACCGAGGACGACGGCAUCCUCUCCCUCUCCGAAGUGGAGAGGCUGGCGGCCGAAGUUCUUCCCCAACCUGCGCGGAGUGCGUAUGCGAGCACUACCUGGGGUGAGGAAACGUAUGCAGCCCGCGGCGGGCUCGAGGGCAUACAGCGCGCCGAGGGCGGAGCAGAGCCGGCGUAUACCUGCUUCACGCCGCUGUUCAGGCUGACUCUGGCGGCUGAGGGUGCUGCCAACGACCGAUGCCAACGGCCGAGGCAGCUGGCGAGGCUGAGGCAGCUGGCAUGGCCACUAGCGAUUGAGCACGGCACAGCAAGUACAAAGCUGACCAGCCCCAGACUAUCUCUUUGA